AACCACCAGCCAAGAAGUAGCUUGUAGAAGAUAUAUCUUGAUACAAGCGUCCUAAGUGGGGUGAUAGUGACUGGUUGACUCACUUUGCGGACUCUCCAGUGCUAUCACUUGUAGCGCAUGUCAUGGGUCACCAAUUCCCUCUUUUCCCUAUCUUUUCGCUAAUCGGCAUGAAGGUACGCUUCCUGAAAGCGCAAACGUGUGCCAAUGACUGGAAUCACGUCCCCGGCAACAAUACCGGUAUUCAAGUAUUUUCUGGGAAACACAUGGAUGUGCGCAACCGUGAGCUUGCCGGAUCAGACGCUGACACAAUCGAGGAACAAGCCGCAACAAGAAUGACGCCAAAUUUGGUUCGCUAUUCCUCAUGGCUUCUGAGGAAAGCACAUGAAUUAGGAGGAAAACAGUGGCCUCUCCUUCCGGUCUCAUCACACCAAAUCUCGUACGUGCGAUUGACGGGAAACGGCUUGUUUGAUUUUCUUAACGAAGUUUGGAUGUCUGGGCAUCCUGUUCCUCCCGCUUUAAUGGUUCGUGAAGAUCGUGUGGAAAAACUCUGUGAAAUUACGCUAAGCAAAUGUCUAUAGUACGAAAAGCACCUAGAUCUGUAACGGAGCCACGGAUACAAUUUAUUCCCAAAACCUCGCUUGAAAGAUCCUAGCGAGACCAAGAAUUCAAGCAAGACCUAUGGGAAGCAUUUUCGAUCCCGAUAAAGUUUGCCCAAAAGGGUUGCCCUUCUCCCAGGUGAAGCCAGCCGGUACUUCCCAACAUACUCAAUUCGCCAACAGCAUUGAUACGGAUGGGGUGAUGACCAGCGUAAAGUUUUGUAAACGUUGGGACCGGAGUAAGUUUUUCUAUAGUUGGAUGCGUGUAUCUCAUUCAGAUCAUC